AUGCCUCUAGUUGACGAGAAAUUAGUACAAAAACAAGUAUCAGUGGCACCAUUGGUCUUGCUAUCAGUUGUUGAUCACUAUAACAGAAUUGCCCAAAACACAAGAAAAAGAGUUGUUGGUGUGAUAUUAGGUGACAAUUCCACAGAUACCAUUAGAAUCUCAAACAGUUUUGCUAUACCAUUUGAAGAAGAUGAUAAAAAUCCAGAUGUUUGGUUUUUAGAUCAUAACUACAUUGAAUCAAUGAAUGAAAUGUUUAAGAAAAUCAAUGCCAAAGAAAGAUUAAUUGGUUGGUAUCAUUCAGGUCCUAAAUUAAAAUCUUCAGAUUUGAAGAUUAAUGACGUUUUCAAAAGAUACACUCCAAAUCCAACAUUAUUAAUUGUUGAUGUUAAACAGAGUGGUGUUGGUAUUCCAACAGAUGCAUACAUAGCCAUUGAAGAAGUUAAAGAUGAUGGUUCAAGUACAGAAAAGACUUUCAAUCACAUUCCAUCCACUAUUGAAGCUGAGGAAGCUGAAGAGAUAGGUGUUGAGCAUUUAUUAAGAGAUAUUAGAGAUCAAGCUGCAGGGUCAUUAUCGUUGAGAAUAACAAAUCAAUUGAAGUCUCUACAGGGUUUACAAUUGAAAUUAAGAGAUAUUGUUAAUUAUUUGGAGAAAGUUUCAUCAGGUACAUUACCAAUUAAUAAUACCAUCUUGGGUAAAUUACAAGAUAUUUUCAAUUUAUUACCAAAUUUAUCAGGAAUAGAUGAAUUAAAUGAAGAAGAUGUUGAAAAUGUUGCCAAUGCAAAGAAUCCAUUGGCUGCUGCUUUUACUGUUAAGACCAAUGAUGAAUUAAUGGUUACAUAUAUUAGUAGUUUGGUUAGAUCAAUCAUUGCAUUCCAUGAUUUGAUUGAAAAUAAAAUUCAAAACAAGAAAUUAGAAGAAAAAGAACAAGAAGAUGCUCUUGCUAAGCUUGAAAAAAAGGCUGAAGUGAAUGGUGAAGAGAAGACUGAAACCAAAGUGGAAAACUAA